GAGAACUAGCGCAGCCAAGGAAGGACCUAAGCCACUGCGCUCGUAAGACGCUGGCUGGAACGUAUUGGUACAGGAGACUAAAUACUUUUGUAUUGACGGGCUAUCUCUGGACUUACCGAGGGAAACUAGGGAGAGUUCAAACUACGCUGGUGUUUUUUAUUUUUUGACUUUCUUUCAUAAAACAACGUUGAGGGAUUUGUGGAUAUCACUGGAUUUUCUUGUCAAAGGAUUGGAUUGUCCGACUUUGGAAUAAAAGGAAAUAAAAAGAGGAUUUAUUCUAGAGUGGACCUAAUUGUCAUGCAUUGGUGUUAGACUUUGAUCCUCUCCGAGUGGGACGUGUCUAGCAGGGGACCGCGGAGGAAGCAGUGCCAACAUGGUGCCCAAUAUUCGCCCCAUCGCAGUGCCCCUAGUGACCAGGGGGGCGGCGCUGCUCCCGCUUCUUCUACUCAGCUGCAUGGUGCUUUCCUCUCUGGCAGACAGCUUGCCAAGUUUCGUCAAAUCCCCGGAGGACCAGACGGGCAUCUCUGGUGGUGUUGCCUCAUUUGUGUGCCAGGCAACGGGAGAACCCAAGCCCAGAAUCACCUGGAUGAAGAAAGGCAAGAAAGUCAGCUCGCAGCGCUUUGAGGUAAUAGAAUUUGAUGACGGUUCGGGCUCUGUUCUGAGAAUCCAGCCUCUGCGCACCCACAGAGACGAAGCCAUCUACGAAUGUACCGCCACCAACAGCGCAGGAGAGAUCAACACGAGCGCCAAACUCACCGUGCUCGAAGAGGACCAGAUACCUCACGGCUUCCCCACCAUCGACAUGGGCCCCCAGCUCCGAGUGGUGGAGAAGACUCGAACAGCCACCAUGUUGUGUGCUGCCAGUGGAAACCCAGAUCCUGAGAUCUCCUGGUACAAAGACAUGCUUCCUGUAGACAUCAACAGCAGCAAUGGACGCAUCAAACAGCUCCGCUCAGGAGCCCUACAAAUCGAGAACAGCGAGGAGUCAGACCAAGGAAAAUACGAAUGUGUGGCCAUGAACAGUGCCGGGACCCGCUACUCUGCACCUGCCAAUCUCUACGUACGAGUGCGCAGAGUGGCCCCUCGCUUCUCCAUUCCUCCCACAAACCAGGAGGUGAUGCCAGGUGGGAGCGUCAAUCUGACCUGCGUGGCCGUGGGUUCUCCUAUGCCCUACGUGAAGUGGACCAAGGGCACCCAGGAUCUGACCGAAGAGGAGAACAUGCCUCUGGGACGAAAUGUGCUGGAGGUGACCAAUAUCAGGGAGUCAGCCAACUACACCUGUGUGGCCAUGUCCUCCCUGGGCAUCAUCGAGGCUACUGCUCAGGUCACAGUCAAAGCCUUGCCAAAGCCCCCCACCUCCCUCACCGUUACUGAGACGACGGCCACCAGCGUCACUUUGACAUGGGACUCUGGGAACCCCGAGCCAGUCUCCUACUACAUGAUCCAAUACAAGGCCAAAUCCUCUGACAACGGUUUCCAGGAAGUGGAGGGCGUGGCCACUACCCGCUACAGCAUCGGUGGUCUCAGCCCUUACUCAGAGUAUGAGUUCAGAGUCAUGGCGGUGAACAACAUUGGCCGCGGACCACCUAGCGACCCUGUGGAGACCAGGACCGGAGAGCAGGCCCCCUCCUCCCCUCCCCUGCACGUACAAGCCCGCAUGCUGAGUGCCAGUACCAUGCUAGUCCAAUGGGAGCCACCCGAGGAGCCAAACGGACAGAUAAGAGGGUACAGGGUCUACUACAGCUCAGAUCUGACGGCCCCUCUCAGCGCGUGGCAGAAACACAACACAGAUGACAGCAGCCUUACCACCAUCUCAGGCCUGAUCCCUGACAUCACCUACAGCCUGAGGGUCUUAGGCUUCACCUCAGUAGGAGACGGACCGCCCUCCGACAUCCUGCAAGUGAAGACACAGCAGGGAGUCCCUGCUCAACCAUCCAGUUUUGAGGCAGAGGCAGAACAGGAUGACCGCAUCAUGUUAACGUGGCUAUGGCCCGUACAAGACCCCAUAACCAAAUAUGAGCUGCAGUACGGGGAAGUCGGCUCGGAAGUCUGGAUACACAAGGUGAUUGAGCCUGCUGGUUCCCAUGUGGUUGAUGGACUCAAACCCGACACUCUGUAUCGCUUCAUCUUAGCCGCGCGCUCUGAAGUCGGCCUAGGCGUAUACACACAACCCAUUGAAGCUCGCACCGCCCAAUCCACCCCCUCAGCCCCCCCUCAGAACGUGCACCUGCUCAGCAUCAGCUCUACCAGCCUCAAGGUGAGUUGGGUGGCCCCUCCCGCCGCCAGUCGUCACGGCGCCAUCGUGCGCUACACCGUGAGCUACCAGGCCCUGUCCGGAGAAGACACGGAGAGGCAUGAGGUGGCUGGGAUCGGUGCUGAUGCCAGUAGCUACGUACUGGAGGGCUUGGAGAAGUGGACUGAGUAUCAGGUGUGGGUGAGGGCGCACACUGAUGUAGGCCCGGGCCCCGAGAGCGCCCCCGUCAGGAUGAAAACCAAAGAGGAUGUGCCUGGAGCCCCCCCUAGGAAGUUGGAAGUAGAGGCUCUGAACUCCACUGCCAUCCGGGUGACCUGGAAGCCACCCCUCCAGCAGAAGCAGCACGGGCAGAUCCGAGGUUACCAAGUCAUCUUCUCUCGCCUGGAGAAUGGUGAACCGCGAGGACAGCCCAACAUCAUGGACGUAGCUUUGCCAGAGGCUCAGUGGAAUAUUGACGAGUUCACCGAGCAUGAGGCUGUUAUCGGUGGAUUGCAAUCAGAAACAACAUACUCUGUGACAGUAGCAGCUUAUACAACCAAGGGAGAUGGAGCUCGGAGCAAAGCGAAAGUCAUCACCACGACUGGAGCAGUGCCUGGCAAACCCACCAUGAUGAUCAGCACCACAAUGGGGAACACAGCCCUGAUCCAGUGGCAGCCUCCUAAAGAGAUGGUGGGCGAAUUGAUGGGAUACCAACUGCAGUACAAACGCACGGACGAUGAAAACUUCACAUCCCGAGAGCUGAGAGGGAAGGACGACCACUACACCGUCACUGGGCUACACAAGGGUGCCAACUACAUUUUCCGACUGAGCGCGCGUAAUCGCGCUGGGAUCGGAGAAGCCUAUACUAAAGAAAUAAGCACUCCUGAAGAUGUACCCUCCGGUUUUCCCACCAACCUCCAAGUGACAGGCCUGACCCAAUCCAGUACACAACUGACAUGGGAGCCCCCCCUGCUGGCCGAGAGGAAUGGGAAAAUUGUCUACUACAUGGUGGUGUAUAGAGACAUUAACAGCCAGCAAAACAGCACCAAUAAAACCACAGAGAAUCAUAUGACAAUUCAAGGAUUAAGUCCGGAUACCACCUACGACAUCAGAGUGCAGGCCUACACCAGUAAAGGAGCAGGCCCACUGAGUCCCAGCAUCCAGAGCAGGACCAUGUCUAAUGAUUUUCCCACCCUAAACUUCGGUGUCAAAGCUGUCAUGAAGACAUCUGUUCUGCUCACCUGGGAUUUGCCUCCAAACUACAAGUCCCAAGUGCCUUUUAAGAUUUUGUACAACCAGCAGAGCGUGGAAGUGGAGGGAAACCUCAAGAGAAAGCUGAUCACUUCCCUGCAGCCCGACACGGACUACUCAUUUGUGCUGACCAGUCGAGGUAACAUCGCCGGGGGCCUCCAACAGCAGGUGUCCAUCCGCACUGCUCCAGACCUGAUCAAGACCCAACCCAUAAACAAACAGCAAGCAGAGGGCGGCAAGAUGACCAUAAUACUGCCCAAGGUCCAGACCAAUGCUCGGAUAAGGUGGUACUACAUUGUGGUGGUUCCCGUAUCCCAGUCCACGCGGCGGUGGAAGAGUCCAGACGAAAUGGACCUGGAUGAGUUGGUACGCUCCAGUGAGACCCCAGUGCUCAGACGUCGUAGACACCUGGACACAUCCAAACCGUAUAUCGCGGCUAAACUGGCUUCUCUGCCUCCAGUCUUCACUCUGGGCGACGAGCAAAAGUACAACGGCUUUUAUAACCGGCCACUCACCAACCAACAGGAUUACCUGUGCUUUGUCCUGGCAGCACUGAGGGACGACCACCAGGACCAGGCCGAUAAAUAUAUGACAUUCUCAGCGAGCCCGUACUCGGAACUGAUCCAGGUGACUCUCAGCAGCAACAGCAUGGCCUCAGGGAUGGAGAAGCCAGAGAUGUUGUGGGUGAUGGGCCCAGUGCUGGCAGUGGUCCUCAUCAUCAUCAUCGUCAUCGCCAUCCUGCUCUUUAAGAAAAAGCGGGCGUCUCCUCUGCCCAAAGACGAGCACUCUGGAGGGGUGAAGGACUCACUGUUGGCCAACUCCUCUGACCCAGUGGAGAUGAGACGUCUAAACUACCAGACGCCAGGAAUGAGGGAGCACCCACCCAUCACAGUGGCAGACUUGGCCGACCACAUCGAGAGACUGAAGGCAAACGAUGGACUCAAAUUCUCUCAGGAGUAUGAGUCUAUUGAUCCGGGCCAACAGUUUACCUGGGAGAACUCCAACAUGGAAGUGAACAAGCCAAAGAACCGCUAUGCAAACGUAAUCGCCUAUGACCACUCCAGGGUAGUACUCACCUCAGUGGAUGCUGUUCCUGGUAGUGACUACAUCAAUGCAAACUACAUAGACGGAUACAGAAAGCAAAACGCAUACAUCGCAACACAAGGUCCACUACCGGAGACUCUUAGUGACUUUUGGAGGAUGGUGUGGGAGCAGAGGUCCAAUACUAUAGUAAUGAUGACCAGACUGGAGGAGAAAUCGCGGGUGAAGUGUGACCAGUACUGGCCUGCACGAGGCACAGAGACCUAUGGGAUGAUCCAGGUCACCAUGCUGGACACAGUGGAGUUGGCCACUUACAGCGUGCGCACAUUCGCCCUCUACAAGAAUGGCUCGAGUGAGAAGCGAGAGGUGAGACAGUUCCAGUUCAUGGCCUGGCCAGACCACGGCGUACCUGAGUAUCCCACCCCCAUCCUGGCCUUCCUUAGACGGGUCAAGGCCUGCAACCCUCCGGAUGCUGGGCCCAUGGUGGUCCACUGCAGCGCUGGAGUAGGCCGGACAGGCUGCUUCAUUGUGAUCGAUGCCAUGUUGGAGCGAAUGAAGCACGAGAAGUCUGUGGACAUCUAUGGUCACGUGACUUGUAUGAGGGCCCAGAGGAACUACAUGGUCCAGACGGAGGAUCAGUACAUUUUCAUCCACGAGGCACUCCUGGAGGCAGCCACAUGCGGCAACACAGAGGUCCCAGCACGAAACCUGUACGCACACAUCCAGAAACUGACCCAGCCCCCGCCCGGAGAGACAGUCACGGCCAUGGAGCUAGAGUUCAAGAGACUGGCCAACUCCAAAGCCCACACGUCACGGUUCAUCAGCGCCAACCUGCCCUGCAACAAGUUCAAGAACCGCCUGGUGAACAUCAUGCCUUUCGAGUCCACACGUGUGUGUCUGCAGCCCAUCCGCGGAGUCGAGGGCUCCGACUACAUCAACGCCAGCUGCAUCGAUGGCUACAGACAGCAGAAGGCGUACUUGGCCACACAGGGCCCCCUGGCUGAAACCACAGAGGACUUCUGGAGGAUGUUGUGGGAACAUAAUUCCACCAUCGUUGUGAUGCUCACUAAACUGAGAGAGAUGGGACGGGAGAAGUGCCAUCAGUAUUGGCCCGCCGAGCGCUCUGCCAGGUACCAGUACUUCGUGGUGGACCCUAUGGCCGAGUACAACAUGCCUCAGUACAUACUACGAGAGUUCAAAGUCACAGAUGCAAGGGAUGGACAGUCCAGAACCAUCCGCCAGUUCCAGUUCACUGAUUGGCCCGAGCAGGGGGUGCCAAAAACAGGAGAGGGCUUCAUCGAUUUCAUUGGUCAAGUGCACAAAACCAAGGAGCAGUUCGGACAGGACGGACCAAUCACUGUACACUGCAGUGCCGGAGUGGGGCGAACCGGGGUCUUCAUCACCCUGAGCAUCGUCCUAGAGAGGAUGAGGUACGAAGGCGUGGUCGACCUGUUCCAAACCGUCAAGACGCUCCGCACCCAGAGGCCCGCCAUGGUGCAGACUGAGGACCAAUACCAGCUGUGCUACCGUGCCGCCUUGGAGUACCUGGGGAGCUUUGACCACUAUGCAACGUAACCACUCCACACCGAACAGCCUCCCGGUCCCACCUCUCAGGAGCGUGCCAAGUGUCCCAUCUCAGCCACCGUACCAUUCACCUGAGCUCCCCCAGAUCGUCCCUCUCCCUGCUACCACAAGGGGGCGAGGAAGGGGCAGACACACAGCCGAUGCCCACUACUUUCCAACCAACAUGAGAUUUUCGCUUUAAACAUUAACACUAACAUUGAGUGACUGUCUAGGCCAAACUUUCAUGAUUGUCAAAGGCUACUGGUAGCAUUAGCAGAGAGGCGCCAUCUUGUCAGUUUUAUUGUUUAUAUUCUGAAAUGUUUUCUUUUAGUAUGUUUUGUUUCUUGUUUUUAUUAAUCAUUUUAACGUUGUAUGUUGUCUUAAACUGCCCUGUGCGGGGAGUGCAUUAUUUUUCAUAAUUGUUUUUAUUUAGGGUACUUUAGCACAAGGGACAUGUAUUUUUAACACGUUCCUAUAUACUAAUUCAGGAGGACCACUGUUCUCUGAGCUGCUGAGGGGUUUGACGUCAUUUGGCCAAUACUUUUGUGUCAUAAACAUGUUUUUGUUUUGGUCAAUUCAAUUCAACUUUGCCUUUUUUUUAAAUUUGCCAUUCUCCAAAAUAAUGUUGAUAUAACUCAUUUGGGAGCACACACUAAUGUCAUGUAAAUGUGGUAUCUAGUUGAACCGAAUUAAAGACUAAAUCAGCAGUGUACAGCAUUGAAAGCACAUGAUUUGUACAUGAUUUUGUUGGUGAGGCCUUCAAGCUCCAUAUUACCCGAGCGAAACUGACUUUUUUACCCAAAUAAGGAACGAAAAUUCCCCAAUUUCUGAAUAUAUAGCUCUUCAUCUCCUCGCUGCCCCCUGAUGGAUACAAACAAAACGACUACGGGCAAAGUGAGGACUGUACAGAAUCAACCAUUCCUACAACGACAAGGAGAGAGACUCAGCCCCUUUGGACUGAACGUGAUAUUAUUUUAUACAGAAAUAGAACUAUAAAUAUAUAGAUAUAUAUAAUAAUGAUUAUAUAUAUGUACAAUUACACAUAGAUAUAUCCACAGCUUUGAAGUCUAUUGUUUUGGGAGAUUUGAGUUGAAAUGGAGAAGCCUGCUGUCUUUGAGUGUCUAUGUCUAUGGAAAAACACCAUUGUAAACUACUGUAUCCCAUAGUAAACUGGACAGCUGGUUUGAAAGAGGAGGAACAGCACAAAUAGCGCCCCCUUCUGCCUGCACAAUGACAGGACCCGCCCAUCCCACACACUGACACAAGAGGGCGCUGCUGGGACAGGGCGAUGGGGACGACAUGAAAAACGCUGGCGCAAAAAAAGAAAAACAAUCUCUUCAUUUCUACCUUGUGAAUGCUUAGUGCUGUAGGGGUUCGAUCUGUUGUACACACAGUCUGUUUUCUAUUUGUUGAUAAAGAACUGGAAUUUAAAAGAACUGUUGACGAAAACAUUGAUGUUAAUAAAGUUAAAUAAUUGGGUUUUUGUACAAA